AUGGCCCACUCAACGCGCUUCGCCGUUCUCGCACUCGCCGCGCUCCUCGCGCUGUUCCCCGCGCACGCGGCGCCCGCCGCGCCGGCCUGCGCGCUCACGGGGCUUCCGCCGAAGAAGCCCGUCGUUCCGCCGGCGCGAUGCCCCGGGGCGGCGCAGCUGUCGUGCUGCUCGGACUGCUCCGACACGAGCCUGGCUCUGCAGCUGGUUUCAACCAACCUCGCGCAAGUCGUCCACCAGAUCAACCCCGGCCUCGACGGCAUAAUCGAUGAGGGUCUCAUGGUGUGCGAAGCGUUCAAGGUGUACCCCAAGUGCAUGCUGAUGAUCGAAGCGAUUGUCUGCGGCACCACGUGCAACCCAGAUUCGGGAAGCUACGUUUCGAAAUCCGCGUCGGGGGAGUACAUCAUGACGGUCUGCCCGGAAUAUGCGAACGCGACCUACGACAUGUGCAAGGACGUCGAAAUCAGUGGCUUCGCACUCAGCGGGCUCGUCCCGGACGCAAAUGCCAUGAUGACCAUGAUCGUUUCCAAUGUCAUCGCAGUCAUGGGUGUGACGAAUUUCAACAUCACCAUUGCUCCCGGCACAUGCUUCACAGGAGCUGCCUCCACGCCAGCCUACACCCCCUGCUGUGAUCCCCUCGCCGUUGACCCCAAGUGCCCCGCGGGGUCAGUGGAUACAGUAAACACCCCUCCUGCCUCUCCUAGCCCCACGCCUGCGAGCCCCUCGCCCCCUCCCCCUCCGCCCAAGUCUGGGGCUGGUUCUGCCGCUUCGCUGAUGUCGAUGGUGGCUCUGGCGGUUGGCGCCGCAGCAGUGCUUGCGUGA